UAUAAUCCGCGAAGGAAGGAAGGAAGCCCAGCUGUGACCGACUCGUGUUCCCAGUGGCUGCUCCUGUCUUGUGGCCUGGCGGGAUGAAGGGCUCUGUGCUCCUGGGCGGGUCCCUCCUCCUCUCUCUGUUGGUUUGGAAAUCCUGUGAACUUGAACCAGUGUGGGUGAUUUGUACCGAAAUCUGGCUACGGGUUAGACUGGAUCGAUACCCUCUACUGGACAACCUGCAAGUCCAGUCACAGGAGUUAACCCUGGGACAUGGCUGCCCAGUCUCCAUCAUGCUGCCUGAGUACUUUGACUUCAUGUAUCAUCUAACUUCAUGUGGCAUUGGUGUCUAUGAACAACCAUCGGGUAUUUUCAUUGCAACUGCAGUCACAUAUAGUCCGCUGCAUUUAGGUCUUCCUUCUUUCUACUACAACAUAACAUGCUUUCUUCCAAGAAACAAGCCACUGAGCUUUCAAACAAGGAAAAUACAUCAUAGCCAUAAUCACCUAGAGGGAGCAAGACAGACUUGGUUGCGGUCAGGUGAAAUGGAAUACCCAGGAAGACUUCUAGGUGCAUUGUCGUGGUGA